CUCCCACACAGACACAGGUCACACCGUCACACGCACACUGCAGCGUGGCGCGGCUACUCCCCGCCAUGGCCACCACCUCCGUCGCCGCCUCCUCUCCCCAUCCCCAUCUGUCCCGCCCCCGCCGGCGGAACUCCAGCGCCACCUCCAGAACCUCGAUCCGGGGCUGCCUCCUGCCCAUCCGAUGCUCGUCCGCCUCGUCGUCGCAACCGCCGGCAACCGGCGGCGAGGAGGGAGAGUCGGGGCGCCGGCGGCUGUCGAAGCAGUCGUCGUGGGAGGACAGAGAUGUGGAGGGGGACGACUACCUCUACCGCCUCGGGAAGGAGGCUGACAACUUGAACAUCACCGUUGGCGCACGGUCCGGCAUCGUCGACGAACUCUUCGUCGGAAACUUCCUCGGGAAAGACUCGGAUAUCGUGUUCGACUACCGGCAGAAGGCAACUAGAACGUUCGAGUACCUGCAGGGGGAUUACUACAUCGCACCUGCCUUCCUCGAUAAAGUUGCAUGCCACAUUGUAAAGAACUACAUUGCGCAUCUUCUUAAUAAUAUCAAGGUUCCCCUAAUACUUGGGAUCUGGGGCGGAAAAGGCCAAGGGAAAACAUUCCAGACUGAACUUAUAUUUAGAGCAAUGGGUGUGGAGCCAGUAAUUAUGUCUGCAGGCGAACUAGAAUCUGAAAAAGCAGGUGAACCCGGGAGGCUAAUACGUGAUAGAUACAGAACUGCCUCCCAAGUAAUCCAAAACCAAGGGAAAAUGAGUUGCUUGAUGAUCAACGAUCUAGAUGCUGGUGUUGGAAGAUUUGGAAACACGCAGAUGACGGUCAAUAAUCAAAUAGCUGUUGGAACUUUGAUGAAUUUGGCAGAUAAUCCUACUAGGGUGAGCAUCGGCCAGAAAUGGAGAGAAUCUGAUGUUACACACAGGGUGCCAAUAAUAGUUACUGGAAAUGAUUUUUCAACUCUAUAUGCACCCUUAAUUCGUGAUGGGAGAAUGGAAAAAUUCUACUGGCAGCCCAACCGUGAAGAUAUAAUUAGUAUUGUUCAUGGCAUGUAUAUAAAGGAUGGAUUAUCUGUUGAAGAAGUAUCAAGAAUUGUAGACGCAUUUCCAAACCAAGCUCUGGACUUCUAUGGAGCUUUGAGAUCCAGGACAUAUGAUCAGGCUAUCUUGGAGUGGGUCGAAGAAAUCGGUGGGCAUGAACAGCUAAAUGAGAAGCUUCUUAAGCGAAAGAAAGGCGAGGAGCUUCCAACGUUUAUACCCCCAAAGCCAACACUGGAAGCAUUGAUUGAGUCAGGGUACUCGCUGGUGAAGGAGCAGGAACUAAUAAUGAGCUCCAAGCUUUCAAAAGAGUAUAUGAAGAACUUAGAAUAGUUUGAUACACGAGAAGGGGUAACUUCUUGUUUUCAGUUUAUUUGGAGCAAUAAUACACCAUCCAAUUUGUUCCAACAUCCAACCACCGGAGUCGAAUCGAUGCUUCGAUUGUCCCAGAAAUCGUGGUGGGUUCAGAUAUGAACUGCUGAAAGGAACGCAUAUCGUCAUUGUCCUUAAUUACUCUCAUCGUGCAUUGC